AUGACUCAUAUGAGAGGAACGAAUCAUGAGAAAUCGGAAAUGGAGCAGGAGAAUUCGAAAAUUUUGUUGAAGGAGCGAUACGACCUUCUGAAAUGGUUGACGAAUGUGGAAAUGCGAUCGCCGAAUUUUCUGAUACCUGUUCAGAUUGCGAAUUAUGUGGAAUCACUGCCAAUGUGUAAAUUGGCGGUCUCGCCAAAAUGCGACCGUGUUGCCCUAAUGAGUUACGCCCGUCAACUCGACAUCUAUCAGAUUUCCGGAGAGAUUCUGGAACACGAAUCGAGUGUUCAAGUACUGGAAGAAAUGUCUCCAGAAUAUUGUCUUCUCCAGUUCUCCGCCUCCUCAAAUCUUCUUUUGUCUUCCAGAAGUACCCCUCAUAUCGAUGUAUUUGAUAAUAUGGGUGCAUACUGUUAUGAUAUUCCUCUCGAAAUCCACGAAGGCAUUUUCGAUGUGAACAAGGCGAUAUGUGGAAUGCAGACUGUCGCCAAUCAUUUCACUCAAUCUAGUGAUAAAUUCACGGAGAUUCUAUACGUUUUACAGUAUUCUGGCGUGUUUUCUGCGUUUAAAAUUGGCCGUUUGUCGAAAUACUCGCGAAUGUGGUCUGUCCAGUUGGACAUUGGACAAACCGGAUCAUUUAUUGUCCUUCCUCAAUAUAGUCUCCUUCUUGUCUCCGCCCACCACAAAGAGUCGACGUCGGUGACACCGCCGGCCGGAUUGUGUUCAUUCAGAUUGAUGGAUAUGGAUCCGUUUGUGGAGCCGAUUCGCAUUUCGACGCCAGAAGGAGGAUUCUUCUCUCGCCUUCCAUUCUCCACCUCAUUCAUGACGUAUCUUCCCAAACUCUCGUUAUCAUUCGAAUCUCAAUUACUGGUUACUGUAGCCACUUCUGGUUCAUUGUAUCUCUUCGAAAUCCCGUCGCUUCGCGUCAAAUUUCAAUUCAAUUUUAUCAGUGGACCACGCCCCAUCGAAGCGUGUUUUGUGGAUACUGAUGAAAUCGCAGUGAUCUACGAUAAUGGAUACCUCCUCCGAUGUCAAAUCGAUGAUUUGGAGGAAAAAAUGUAUUCGAUGAAAAUGAAAUCAAAAAAACAGUUGGAUGAACCGGAUCACAAAGACAUGUACACUGAGCAUACUGUAAUGGUGUCACCGGCUCAACGAGAGAUAUUUCUUCUCUCUGCUCAAGGAGACAACACUUUUCUUCGAGAGGCCGCCCAUAAGAGAGUCCAAUUAGCUGGGCAAUUAUGGUUGUAUACUGUAUGGAAUUCAUUCAAAAAACUGUUGGGAAUGGCGAUGGGAGAACCGGCGGAACAGUUGCAGAUGGCAACGCAUAUCGCGAAAUUUGAAUUCGCGUUGAUUCACUCGCCGACGAGAACGCUUCAGGAGUUAUUUAAUAGAACGCUAGUCGAACAUGACUACACGCGAGCGCGUGAACUCGCCGAAACAUACGAAACAAUCGAUAUCGACGUGGUCCUCAAAUCCGAAUGGCGCGACAAAUGCUCAAAAAACAAGGUUACGGUAGAAGACGUCGAGGGAAUUCUGAAGAGAAUCGGCGAUUCCGAAUGGAUCGCCGAACAGUGUGCCAACGCGGAUUCCGAUGAUUUCGAAGUGCACAAAGCGUUGAUUGAUUUGGGUCUGUCACUUGGGGAGUCUAGUGUGACAUGGCAGAUUCGAUUGCUUCAUCACUGGAGAAUGUUGGAAGUUUGUCGGAUUAAAGGAGACGUUGACACUUAUAUGAUAGCGAGGAAAGGCAGCUGUUUGGAUGCUGCAUUGGCUUUUGCACAUAACGGAGACAUCGACUCCCUGACUCGAAUCAUCGAAUCCAACAUGACCGUAAUGAAACGUCACCAGAAACGUAUUCUCUCCGCAAUUCCCACAUGCACAUCACCCACAAAAUACGAAAUUCUAAUGCCCCGCCUACUAUCAGAUGACGUCGAAGAGCAAUGGGAGCUCGAAGAGCAACACGACGACGGAAUCUGUGAACGUCUUCAUCAGAUUCUCCGCGAACAUCCGGAUUCAGAAGCGUUGAUUCGAAAUAUCAACGUGGGAAAUGUGGAAGACGAGGGCGACUUUAAUUACGUCGAAUGGAUUCGUGAGACCCUUCCGAAGAUUGAUUUCGAGUGUGGCCUCACUGAUAUCUGCGUGAAUUUGUUGCGGAUUGCGAUAGAGCGCGGUUACGAAGAUUUGAUUCAUGAGAUGGGAAUCUGGGAGAGAUAUGCACAGUACAUUCGGAUUUGUUCGAGUGUUAGUGAGAGUAUCACAUCGUUCCAAGAUUCUAGUGUCAAAUCGUUUAUCGAUCGAUUCGCACGUCUUCUGGAUUCAGAAUUGAUUAGUUUUGCGGAAGAAGUGACGGGGCUCAUUGAGUGGAAGGUGAACACCACGUCUUCAGAAUCCAAAGAUUCAGAAGACGUUACCCCAGAAAUCCGGCUCCAGAAGGCCAUUACCUUGCUCCUGAAGGCUACCAACGAACGGGAUACAAAAGUCCUUGUGGCGUUCCGCACCGCGCGUCCCGAUGUCGUCGAUGACCAUGCCAUCCUCGAAGUCCUUCUGAAUAUGACGUCGACUGGAGCGGAUUUGAUGAAAUCUCUUGGGGACUUGCCCGUUGAUAAGUACUCGAAUGUGACGUCAUCGCUGGGAUCUUUGAUGUCGAGAGGUGUCAAAAUGACGUUUAAAUCGAUUUUUGAGAGUAUGAAGGAGCCGUGA